AUGCCGGCCGCCGACGAUUCACCUUCCAAAGGCCAAGGUGCCAAUAGUCCCGCGGAGUACACGAUCGAGUGGUACAAAGCGCAAUAUGAGUCGAUCCAGGAAGAACUCCAUGAUUUCCAGCUUUCCAGCACCGAGUUGGAGGCGGAGAUGGAAAAAGAAAUGGAAGACAAGGAGAAGCGGGAGCGACAGUUGCGGGAGAAAGUCGAUAACCUCCGCUACGAGGUAGAUGAGUGGAAGACCAAAUACAAGCAGUCCAAGACCGAGGCAAAUAACGCACAAAAUACGUUGCAAAAGGAAAUUACAUCCCUACGUGACACCAAUCGGACUUUACAAUUGAAGCUACGUGAUAUCGAAGUUGUCAAUGACGACUAUGAGCGUCAAGCUCGAAACACCACUUCGUCCCUGGAGGACUUGGAGUCCAAAUACAACGUCGCGAUCGAGCGGGGCGUCCUGUUGGAGGAAGAAAUCAGAAGUGGGGAACUUGAGCGAGAGAGUCUGCGAAUUGACAACCAGCGGUUGCGAGACGAGUUGUCGGAUCUUAAGGUCGAGGCCGAGAUCAUCCAAGAAAAAUUGCGAAACACUGAAGGCCUCGGUUAUCGUCGUCGCAAGCCCACGCCUUUGUACCGCAGCCCGUCAACCCCACAACCUUUGGAGAUAUUCGAUCGUUCUCCUGGUGGCGUGAAUACCUCGUCACCAGUGUUCGCCACACCCCCAGCCAAAUCGACGCUGGCCGCAUCGACCGCAACGCCGCCCUCUCCACCUAUCUCAGAAGCCUCUGCGAACUUUCGCCGAUCUAUCAACGCCACUCCUACGUUCCCCCGGACCAGAGCGACCGGUGCUGAGCCGGUCAAUUCGCGAACGAUUCACAACGCCCGAACACAACCAACCCGUCCUGCUCCGCACGCGCGCGCCGCCUCUCUUGCGUUUAGCACGAGCGGCUAUAGCAAUGCCAGUCGCUCCACCCCGUCCGUGUCGUACUCUUCUCGAAACAGCCUAUCCCGAUCGACUACCUCAAGGCCGCCGCCACUUCCCAAAUCCGGGUCGCUCUACCAGAUUCGUGGACUGAUCGGCAAAAUGCAGAAGUUGGAGGAGCGUGUCCAGUCAGCCCGAUCUCGCCUGCCCGCCCCCUCUGAAACUUCUUCUCGUGGAUCACCUCGCUCCCGCCAAGGCUCGGUGAUGGGGGAUAGUCCAGUUCCUUCCUCGAUUAAUGGGCAUAAAAAUUCCCGCAAGCGUAUGAGUGGGAGUAGCUACGGUUCGUCAGUUCGAGACAGUGAAGGCAACCCCUCGCACCCUUCACAAAGCCGCCAGUCCGGCGGGGCUCGCACGGGUGAUAGUCGGCCCAGUAGUCGAACAAGCUACUCGAGCCGUGGCUCUUUCAGCCAGAGCGUCCACUCCGGUGUCCCAGUCGGACGCCCUGAGAGUCGGUCGAGCCGUCCUGGUGCCAAAACCCCUCUCGGCCACUAUUCCACCAAUCCCCUGACGGAGGGCCGCCGACCGCGAUCUUCUCUGAGCAACCACAAUGGACAGACGCCAUCCGUGGGCAGUAUGUCUAAUAUUGACGAAGAUCAUGACCUACCGACGCCCACGGUGUCCCGCGUUCCUAACGACAUCAGACGACCAUCCAUCUCGGCCACUGUGAGUGGAAUCAAGAAGCGCACAACAAGCGGCAUGUCCGCCAUCCCGACACCCCGCAGUUUCAAGACUAGCAUCGGCCCAGGAGCAAUGCCUCCGCCGCUGGGACGGAAACAGACUGAUCUUGGAGAGACCUUCUGA